CGGGGAGCAACCCAGCACCUACUUCCUGAACAUCCGCAAAUACGGCGCACACACCACCUUACUCCCCGGGUGCUCCCUCGGCCCAUCCAAAUCGCAAAAGUACUGGAUCAUCUCCUUCAACUCGCAGGCCUUGAGGUCCACCGGCGGCUUCUGCACCUUGCCGUUCGUCUUGUACUGCACCCUCUUCGCGAGCUGCGCGGGCGGGAAGGAUUCGAUGUGUGGUGGCAUUUGACGGGUUCGCGUGCGAGGAAGCCGGUAGUUUGUGUGUUUACCGCGUCAUGACAUGACGGUGCGGUUGCGGAUGAGCGUGAGAGUGAGAGUGACAGAAGCAGGGAAUUGAAGAUGGCAAGUGCUGAAGAUCUGGGGAAGAAGUUGUUGGCGGAGGUGCAGGUGGUGGGUCUUGACGAGGUCCUGCAUACAUUACGGGUUGGGGAAGGCGUGCUAGAAGCGCAAUACUUCCAUUGCAAGCCGCUGGAUGAAAUACUUCAACGCGCUCUCGAAGGCAGACGGCCAACAGCAAAAGACAUCCCAAGGACACCGAUCGUGGAGAUUUGCUCCCUACAUCCCGGUGGUGGAGCAACACAAUUACUCUAUUACAUGUGUGCUCAAGCCGUACUACCUGUGCAAUAUGGUGGCAAGCAAGCAUGCACAGUCAUUGUCGAUGCCGACGGUGCCUUUUCGGUCGCAAGACUUGCAUCACAGCUCGCAAGCCUCGUCCGCCAAACGCUUGAAGUCGAUGAGGCUACACUGCAAACCACGGUGUCGACGGCACUGAAGCAUGUGCAUGUCUUCCAUCCACAAACGCUGGCGGCUACUAUCGCAACAAUCGACUCCCUCCCGGCUUACCUCUUCGACCAGCAGCGCCACUGGUCUUCCGAUCGACAAGUGGGCUUCGUAGCGCUGGACUCUGCGUCGGCAUUCUACUGGCAAGACCGCGCAGAGGUAGAGGACGCUGCUUUCCAAAGCACUACUAUGGCGGGGGAGACGGCGGUGUCAACACCCGGGCCAUCAGGAUACAACACGCUGGCAUCGUGUCUCAAGGCUGCCAGCAGGACCUUCAACUGUCCAAUUAUCGUGACUUCCUGGCACCUGGGGACAACACCAGUGACACAUCAACAGCAGCAGUAUGCGUCGGGCAUCCGUUCAUUUCGGUCGACGUUUUCGGGGGCGUUUGCACAAUUGCCCGCACUGCGCUUUGUCAUCCGCAGAGCGCCGGUGUCCAAGUUUCCAGUGGGAAUCACGGUCAUGAAUGCGCUGCGGGAAGCUGGUGACAGGCAAAAGGUAGUGGAUGAAGGCAGGUUCGAGUGCUUUGUGAAUGAGUGGGGGAUGGAAGAGCGGGGCCUGAGCGGCGUCGGGCGUUCCGGCUUCGCGUUCAGCAUCGGCGCCGAUGGCGUUAUGCUUGAGGAGAUUUGACAGCUCCAUACGCACUCGAGCGGACACACCUGAUCCAGGGUCCCACCCCACCUGUGGUACGCAUGUGGACUCCGACUGCCAUCGAAACUAGUCACGUCAAUUAGGCGUAAUCCAGCAGCGAUCGCCGCC